GUCUGUGUGUCCUGUCCGGGUGUCCGUCUGCCGAGCGGGGAAGGGGCUAUGAUCGUUCUGGGCCGCGUCUCCGGCGCUCGGUGAAGGCGCAGCCUGCCCGACCAUGGCUCUGAGGGAGCUGAAAGUUUGCCUGCUGGGGGACACUGGUGUGGGCAAAUCAAGUAUUGUGUGGAGAUUUGUAGAAGAUAGCUUUGAUCCCAACAUUAACCCAACAAUAGGAGCCUCAUUUAUGACCAAGACUGUACAGUAUCAAAAUGAGCUGCAUAAAUUCCUAAUUUGGGAUACAGCUGGACAGGAACGGUUUCGUGCUUUAGCCCCAAUGUACUACAGAGGGUCAGCAGCAGCCAUUAUAGUUUAUGACAUCACAAAAGAGGAAACUUUCUCAACGUUAAAGAAUUGGGUUAAAGAGCUUCGACAACAUGGACCUCCAAACAUUGUUGUAGCUAUCGCGGGAAAUAAGUGUGAUCUUAAUGAUGUAAGAGAAGUCAUGGAAAAAGAUGCUAAAGACUAUGCAGAUUCCAUUCAUGCAAUAUUUGUAGAGACAAGUGCGAAAAAUGCAAUAAACAUUAAUGAACUCUUUAUAGAAAUUAGUCGUAGAAUUCCAUCAACUGACACGAACCCCCCAACUAGUGGUAAGGGAUUCAAACUUAGAAGACAGCCAUCGGUGACAAAGCGCAGCUGCUGUUGACUGAUCCAUUAGAAAAUCAGACUUGUUUAUACAGUAGGUGGUCUUGGAAGUUAAUAGUUCACGUUGGGUUUAUAUUAUCAGUCUUAGAUCUCUAUCUGCUGGUGUUCAUACGCCCAAGGUCCUACAAAAACGGACCAGUUCAUCUGACAUCUGUAUGCUCGCAGAAAAGACUGCAAUCAUAAUGUCAGCCUGUUUACUUACAAAAAGUGUAGUAUCUCUUGUAUUCAAAGGGAAUCCAUCAUCAGUUUUGUGGCCUUGCUUAAAAGGAAGGUGACUAUGGACGGUAGAACUGAAAUGUUUAGUAGUUUUGUAAUCAAGAUUUUGUUUUUUUUGUAAAAAGGGAAAUGAGCACUUUUGUGGGACUUGGGGGUGGGAGGAGUCUGUUGAACUUUGAAAGUUAGUCAGAUGUCAUUUCUUCCUUUUCUUCAGUGAGCCUUAUUUGAGAUUUAACUGUAGCUAAUCCAAAGUAUAGUGGGACAGUUGGUUUGAGGUGGCUACAGAAUAAGCAACUGAAGACAGAUAAUAGGCAAAUCAGUCCAUCCACUCCCCAGAACCCAUUUGCACUUUUUAUUUAAAGAUGAUACACACCGGGGAUGGGGACACAAACGAGAGGUCUUAAACCAUGGACAAUCUUUUUUUCCAUGCUGACUUUAAUCACUUUAAGGCAAACUGAUAUGCUUUAUAGUCAUCUUCUUGUUCUUAGAAGGUUUUUAAUAUUAAGAUGUUGAUUGAAGAAAACCUAGCUGUAGUUCUGACUAAAUUAAGUGAUUACUGACUAAAAACAGAUGCUGUAAACAGAUGCUGCCAAUAGUUCUGGUAAGACUUAAAAGGCUGGGGGGGAAAGCUUUCAGUUGCUUAGCAUGUGUAAAGUGUUCAUAUUAUAUUUAAGAGACCAGUGUUUAAAGUAUUAUAAAUUAUGUAAAAACAUUUUUUUUUUAAAUGCAAUCUUAUUCACUCCUUCCAUUCCACACCUAUGGAUAAACUUCUGGGGUUAUCUAUUAGCUUGUUUUUUUUUUUUUCCAGCAUUUUAGGUUAUUGUCACUGUUGGUGACUUCAUCCAGAGACAGGCUGAAAUUCACUCUUUAAAUCCCAUUUGAAAGAUCCAAUUAAUAGAGGCUGCUGUUGGUGCAAUGUCAGGUCGGUCUGUUGAACAAGUUUUCAUCUGUGAUGCACCCAGUCUUUCCUCUUUUGGGCACAAAAGUACAAAUAGGAAGUAACCUUAAGACAUGUGGUAAUGUAGAUCAUUACCUCUUGGUUCCUGGGCUUUUUCACCUGUGAGGACUUUUCUUUUUUUAAGUAAACCAGUGUUUAGCUUAUAUUGUGUUGGUUUUAGUAUGUUCUCAAUUAAACUAUAGAUUGACCAUACCCUUUUGUGCUUUUUUAUUUAUUUUCGCUUUUUGUUUCCUACUAGCAGUAGUGAGGAACUUUAUACUUUUGAAGAAAAAGAUCAUAAAAUACUCAAGUAUAUACUACUGUGCUGUUAAGCUUUCCAAUUGAAAUGAGGUCAUGGUGAGAUAUUUGUUCUCUAUAAUCUGGCUUUCUAUCAUCUCAAGUAUUUUUUCUUAAGGAAAUGGGAGAAAAGUUUUUAAAAAAUGAAAGAAUUUACGAUUCAGAUUAGUUUGUAUUAAUCAAAAUUCUUGUAGAGCUCUUAUGGAGCAGAACAGUUAAACUGUUAGGGUGAAAUUUUAAAUGGAUCAGUAUAUUUUAAUGAAAUUUGACUACGUUUUUAAAAUCAUUGUACAGGCUUUAUGCUUCAUAUAUAAAAUAUUUCAUUUAUUAAAUAAUAAAUCUGGAAAUUUUCUUGAACUAGAAAAUAUGGUAAGAAAAGGAAAAUACUAAAUAUCAGUAAUAUCUUCCAUGCAGGUUAGUAGAACGAGUUUUUUGGACUUGCUAAAUUAUGUUUAUUGCUUGUAGUAUGGAAUAAAAAUGAAGUUUGUCUUCUUUUCCGUGAGAUAAUAAAAAUCGUGUAAUAUUACCUAUCCAAUAUUUAUUAACUUGAGAAGAAAUACUCAAUUCUAGGCGGGACAGAGCUAGGUUAGUACUGAGAUUAUUGUAGCUGUCUCUAGUUAUACUGCAUCAUGUACUAUUACACCACUUUUAUUAUCUCACUGAUCCUAUAUAGUAUCUCUUAGGAAAUCUUUGCAAAGUACAUUCUAAGCUAUUCCCAUUUACUUGAUGCAUACCACAAUUAGUCUUAAAACAAACAAAAAAACAAGCAGCAGCAUCAACCUGGCUCUUCACCGAUGUAGCUGAAUCUUGAUGCUUCAGACUCCUUUUGUGUGCGUGUUACUAACCUGGGUGGAAUACAAGCAUACUUCAUAGCUUUUUUGCGCUCCUGAUCUUGAAUUACUCCAGUUAAUGAAGUCAUGGAAGUGACCAAGGUUUGCCCGAACUAGAAACAUUGAAGUGAGACUGCUUUUUAAGACCAUGCCUGUGGAAAAUGACAGCCUGUAGAUGUCAGUUCAUUUGGGCCAAGAUAACUUCUUGUUGAUCAGUUGGCCUUAACCAAAAGUUGAAAUGCAGUCUUGCCUGGAUGAGAUGUGUAUGUUUGAGAUCUCAUUUUUGUUGGAGAAAAAUGGUUUCUUCUGUACUAAUAAUUUUUUUAGGCCACCUGCUUUCGUUUUGCACUAGGCUUACUGGAAUUGAUUAUAUUUUUCCCUAACAUAGCCUCUCUAUUUGGAGAAAAAUUAGCUUUUGAGUGUUUGAAGGAUUGAUUAUCAACCAUUCCAAUAACCUUUUGAGUAACUUUGUUAAGAAGUUACUGAAAGAAGCUUGGGACUUGAGUUUUAUUCUGCUACACCUUUCUUUUUCAUGAAUUGUGAUCAUCAUAGAGACUAGGUUUUAAAAUAAUCUGAAAGGGAAUUGAUGGCUUAAAAAAAAUAGUUGAGAGGGACAAGUGUCAAAUUUGUAAAAAGAUAAUGAGGUGCAUGUCAUAAAAUUGAUUUAGAGCAUUUUUAAAUUGACAAAAUGCUACUUUUUCCACCUCUAUACGAUGCCAACUCUUUCCUACAAAAGUGUAGAUGUCUAUAAAAAUUGUACUUGACAAAUGGCUUGUUCCUAAGCUUUGGAGUUACUUAAAUGUGCUGCCCAAGUUUUGGAGGGUGUCUUCAUCAUUCCCUAUAAAUUAUAAGCUUCUUAAAUGGCUUGCUAUGCUAUAUGGGUAGCUUUGUAGCAUAUUUUAGAUACAUGCUGGAAACCGGCAUGCUAAAUGCCUAGAUAGGUGAGUUGGGGAAGCUUCUGUGUAACGAAAUACAAAGGCAUUUAAUGGCCAAACUACUGAAAAUCGUAAUAGGUGCUUUGAAAAGUUCUAAGAGACUUCCAACAACUUUUGCUGUUUCCAGAAGGGUAAAGACUGUAUAUUAUUAGAUCCAUGUUGAAACAAAAAUCAUUGCACUUUAAAUUCCUACUGGUAUCAGUGAGACCUUUCCUUUAAGUGCCACAGUAUCAGACAGCUAACAGUUCAGAGGGGUGUUCAAUGCAGACUUGUCUUUGAUAUGUUUGUGUAUACAUAGUACCAAUUUAAAGCUACCGGCAUGCUCAGGAAAGAAUACUUACAUGCCUGGGAAGAGAAUAAGAGGAGAGGCAACCAUGCCUACUUACUGAUCCUGAAUUCUGUUCCUUUAACCUGGUCGAGAGAUGUGAGAUUCAUUGGGAAUUGUUUUCAUUCAUGGUCAAAGCUUCAUUUUAGAGAUCAAAAAAUAAUCCAUUUUCAAUAUCUUGAAUGGUUUAAAAAAAUUGGCCUUGACAAGCUUUUUCUUAUGAUGCUAAUCCUAAAUUGUUCCUUAACAUUAGUGUUCAUUUCCAAUACAACAUAUUGAGUAUUAGUUGGAAAAGAAAACUUUAUUAGUGAUGAUUGAAUGACGUUCUUGUGAAACUCUUUAGUGUUUAUUAAGGAUGAGGCAGUCUAUUUGUGGCAUGCUAUGUCAGCAGUCUGCAAAGACUAUCUUGGGAAUUGAUGAUUUACAGGACAGAAGCUGUAUAAACUGUGUGGCUAGUCACCCUGUAGGGAGCCUCGCUUAUAAGCAGCAAUAACUGCAUAAAAGUGGAAAAAUAUCUCAAGCAUGGGGAGACUCUGAAUAUACAACCGACAUCAAUUUCUACACUGCCUAUUCAGUAUUUUCUAAAAUACUUAGGAUAUCUUUCUUAAACACUUCAAAUCUCUAAAAAGAGGCUCAUCUUCCCAUGGACAAGAGACAGGGAUAAACUUUUUUAACUUCGCGGGAAGUUGUUUUACAAUGACCCAAGACUGUGUUUGUAUGUGAUGAGUCAGUUUCUCAAAGCAUGAGAAUUAUGUGUGUGGAAGUAAGGUUUUCAAAGAUCUGCAUAAUGUUCUUCAGAGAUAACUCGUAACGUCUGAACCUCUCUCAACAAUUUACCAAAGGUCUUGGUAGUCUAGGGUGUUCCCUGCUGUCUGGAAGCUGGCCAGUGUUUUACCCAUCUACGAGAAGGGCACUAGAGAGGACCCAGGAAGUUACAGACAAGUCAGUCUAACCUCAGUCCCAGGAAAAGUUAUGGAGAAGAUUAUCUUGAGUGCUGCUGAAAGGUAAUUAAAGAACAAAACUUUGAUCAGGUGUAGUCAGCAUGGAUUCAUGAAGGAAAGGUCCUACCUUAGUCAUUUGAUCUCCUUCAGUGACAAGGUCAACCACUUAAUGGAUGAAGGGAAGGCAGUGCAUGCAGUCUUUCUGGAUUUUAAUAAUGUCUUUGAUACUGUCCCUCAGAAUAUCCUGGAGAGAUUGUCCAGCUGAGUUAAACAGGUUCACACUGCGCUGGGUGAUGAACUGGCUUGACAGUAGAGCUCAAAAGGUAGUAAAUGGGGCUGUGUCUGCUUGGUGGCAAGUCCCUAGCAGUGUUUCCCAAGGCUCAAUUGUAGGGCCAGUUAUGUUCAACAUUUUUAUCAGUGAUCUGGGUGCAGGAGUGGAAUGCAUCCUGGGCAAGUUUGCUGAUGACACUAAACUGGGAGGUGCUGUUGACUCCCUGGAGGGAUGAGAGGCCUUGCAGAGGGAUCUAGGCAGAUUGGAGCAAUGGACAAUCAUCAGUGCCAAGUUUGACAAGGGUAAAUGCUGGGCUGCACUGGGAUGGAGUAAUUCUGGACACGGGUACAGCCUGGGAGAUGAGUGGCUGGAGAAUGGCUCUGCAGAAAGGGCCCCAGGGGUACUGGUGACAGCAGGCGCAACACAAGCCAGCAGUGUGCCCUGGCAGCCAAAAGGGCAAACCAUAUUUUGGGGUCCAUUAAACACAGCAUAGCCAGCCAGUCAGAAGAGGUGAUUCUCCACUGUAUUUUGCACUGGUGCAGCCUCUCCUUGAAUAUCACGUGCAGUUCUGUGCCCACAACAUAGAAAUGAUGUUAAGAUACUUGAAUGCAUCCAGAGGAAAACAACAAAGCUGAUGGUAAAUGGGCUGGGAGGCGUGUCCUGCGAGUAGAGGCUGAGGACACUUGGGUUGUCUAGUUUGGAGAAGAGAAGGCCAAGAGGUGACCUUACAAAAGGUCACCUCUUUGUGCUCUACAAAUCCUGGGGAGGGGAAGCAGGGAGAGAGGUGCUGGUCUCUGCUCCCUGAUAACUGACAGUGGAAUGUGAGGGAACAGCACAAAGCUGUGCCAGGGAGGUUCUGGGAGCGUGGUCAAACGCUGCAGCAGGCUUUCUAGGGAGGUGGCUGAUGCCUCGUGCUUGUUGGUGUUCAGGGGGCUUUGGGAUAAUGCCACCCAUAAUAUGCUUUAGCUUCUGGUUAUCCCUGGGGUGGCCAGGCAGUUGGACUAGAUCAGCUUUGUAGGUCCCUUCCAACUGAACUAUUCUAUGCUCACAUUGCAUCUCUACUUGUAGAUCAUACCCAUACUAAUGUUUGGCAACAGAAGACUUAUUAUUCCAGGUGUGAAUUACCAAUCUAAGAUUAAAAAAAAAAAAAAGAAAAGAAAGAAGUUUAAUAUAAGAUUUGUCAGCUGACCUUUUCAGAGUUGUAUGGCUCCAGCCUGUCAAAAGAAAUAAGCUUGAAACUGCAUCUUUGUUUCUCGUAUGAGAAUUCAAGUGCCAAAACAUAUUUCUCUCUAAUUGUUAGGCCUUCUGACACCAAUGCUUGUUUAAAAAAAAUUAUAUAUAUCACUUUCUGGACUUUUGAAUGCAAACUUUAAAGUCAGAUAGGAUCAAAAACACUCGAUGUGCAAAAGCUGAACAAGCAUCACCAAACUUUAUCCAUGAAGUGUCACAGAUUUUAAAAAAUUAAAAAGUCAUUCAAGGCCUAUAAGACUAUCCUGCAACCCGAGAAUAUUUAUGGGUUUCCUCUGACAUGUCAAAGGAAUUCUAGGCUCAACUUUUUCUUCCCUCCCCUCUCAAUUCCCCCCCACCCAAGCCUGAAUUUUUAAGUACUGUGAGUGUGCGUGCUAUAAAGAGCUAUUUAAAAAUGCUUACAAAAGUUCUAGUGGCUUAGAGUUAUUUGAUGCUUCCUAUUUCACAUGGGAAAUCAAGGCACUAGGAUGAAUGUGUCCCGUUAAAAAUCAGUAGAGUGUUUGCUGAAAUUGUUCUAAUUCUAGAAUAGAGAAUUUCUAGAAGAAAGAAUUUUGUUUUUCCCAUUGCAUCAUACUGCAAGUUGGAAGUUGGGGGGGGAGGAGGGUUAAUUUUUUGCUUAAACACUAACAAUUUUAUUCAAGGAGGUUGGGUUUUCUUUGUUUCAUUCAUGUUAAUAUUUUCACAUGCUUUGUUGAACAAACCAACUGCUACUCCUUUUCUGAUUUUGAAGGAUACAGACAACCUUUUCUGUCAUUCUCUUCAUUUGUGUGGGUGUAACAUUCCAUCCAGUUGUUGCAGUCCAGUUCAGAUCCACUGUUACUUUCUUGCCUUACUUUUACUCACGUUGUAGUAUGUAUUUCCUAUUAUUAAAUCCAUUCUCUUUUCUUGAGAAUUUAUUCUUUGUUUCCUUAUGGGAUCUAGCCAAGAAAAGGUGGCAAGUGUCUUUUUUUCUCCUUAAAGGUUCAAGAAGUAUCUGUCACAGCAGCAACUAUUUUUUAACAAAGUGGUAAUUCAUUAGUACAGCUUUAUGAAAUUAAGAAAUCAUAGCAGCUGAGACACAUACCGCUAUUUUAUUACAUCAGAUAGGAGGCUAAAAGCACGUUCACCUGAAGGAAGUAAAUUAUAGUAAAGCCCUAAUAACAUAAUUAGAACUCUUCUGUAUUUUAACUUCUGUACUUCCCAUUUCUGAAUACAGUGCAUCCAGCAUUGAAAUUGUGGCAGAAUGAAUUGAUAUGAAACAUGAAUGGAUCAUAUUUCUGUAGCUGUAGGACACUUAAGACUUCUUGGCAAUUCUCUCCCUUGUGUUUCUUGGCCCCCAGUCCAAUGAAGAAAAAAGGAAAUAAUUCUGAAGGUUAAAAAACAAAAACUUUGCAUUUGCAUUUGUGUAUUCAGGGCACAAAAAUAACCUGAUAUGCAUAUAGCUCUUACAGUGUACUAAAUGUAUGCCUGUAAAAUUAAGCGUGAAGGUUAACCUUUGUGUCAGCAGUUCUUGUCCCUCCUGAGAAUGUUCUGUCUUUUCGUUAUAGUACUGGGUUAACCUGUUAAAAAAAAAAAAAAAAAAGAUUGAAAGGUCUGUGCCUUCUUAUUAUAAUAUCUCUUAUUAAGACAAACUAAAGCCGCUCAAAGUUACAGAGCAUUUGCAGCACUGUAAACUGCACAAAUUUACAACCAUUGCUUCACUGCAUGAAAUGUAGUCAGAUUGCGAGUGAUGAAAUAUAGUGAUGAAUUCUCAAGCUUAUGAAUGUUUUUGAGACUUUUAUAGUCUUCUCUUGGGCUGGUCCCGAGGGUGUGUACAGGUUUGUCUGUAUUGUUGGUUUGUAGAUGCUAAUGAGGAAAACCAGACUUUUGUUCUCUCCUUUUUGUUUGUAUUGUUACACUCCCAUAUAGUGCAUAGACUGAAAAUAAAGAAAUGUUGGUUUGGCAUAAUGUAAACAGCAUUUUCAGCUUAAGCAUUCAUAAUAAACUUUUAUAGUGUAAUAACAUGCUAAAUCACUACCAGUCCGAUGUAUUGUGCAAAAAAAAGGUGUAAACAUUUUAUUAAUAAAAAGCUUUGUUUAUAAA